AUGGAUCUUUCUGUCAAGUACUUGGGUCCGUUCUCCGGAGAGCCUCCGAGCUAUCUCACCGGAGAGUUCCCUGGUGAUGAUGGAUGGGAUACCGCGGGUCUAUCCGCCGACCCCGAGACCUUCGCUAGGAACCGUGAGCUAGAAGUAAUCCAUUGUAGAUGGGCCAUGCUUGGAGCCCUAGGUUGUGUCUUCCCUGAGCUUUUAGCUCGGAAUGGAGUGAAGUUCGGAGAGGCGGUUUGGUUCAAGGCUGGUUCACAAAUCUUCAGUGAGGGAGGAUUGGACUACUUGGGUAACUCGAGCUUAGUCCACGCUCAGAGCAUCUUAGCCAUUUGGGCUACUCAAGUGAUCCUCAUGGGAGCUGUUGAGGGUUACAGAGUCGCUGGAAAUGGACCAUUGGGAGAAGCAGAUGACUUGCUUUACCCUGGUGGAAGUUUCGACCCAUUGGGUCUCGCUACUGAUCCAGAGGCGUUCGCGGAAUUGAAGGUGAAAGAGACCAAGAACGGAAGGUUGGCUAUGUUCUCUAUUUUUGGAUUCUUCGUUCAGGCCAUUGUCACUGGAAAGGGACCAUUGGAGAAUCUCGCUGACCAUUUGGCCGAUCCCGUCAACAACAACGCAUGGGCCUUUGCUACCAACUUCGUCCCCGGAAAGUGA